AUGGAAAUGAAAGUGGUGGUGGCCACCAAGCACUUGGACUUGGGCUACGAUUGGACGCUGCGCAAGGGUUCCUUUGGCGCUGAGACGCGGAAGAUGGCGCAGCAGCUGGGGGCCACCGAGGAGCCGCCCUUCGAUGGCUUCAUGCACAUGAAGCGAGGAGAGCUGGGUCUGGAUGUGGGUAUGCGGGGAGGCUUGCUCUUCGUGGGUUUGCCCUUGCGGCUCUACCUGGCCGACUCGCCCCACCUGUACGAGCUGGUGCGGCGCCUGCGGCGCCUCGAGCAGUUGGAGAAACCCGUGGAGGCCGAGAGCAUCCGGGCAGUCUUGGAUGCGGAGGAGCGCUUUGGCGCCGGAGUCUCCUGGCGUUUCCUGGCGCCGGGUCACGCGGUCAAGGACUUGCCCUACUCGGUGUUGGUCUAUGCCAUGUUGGCCGCCUUACAAGCCCUGCAUGCAGCCAGGCUGACUGGAAAACGUGCUGGCACAGGCGCUCAAGGCCUGGAUGCCUUUUGCGCCACCGCGCGCCGCAGCGAUGGUCUCGAGAUCUUUGAGGAGGUGGACGAGCAUUCCCCGCUGAUCUUCCGAGGCAUCUGGGUGCCCAAACGCAUCGAUGAACACAAGGCGUGCUACACCUGGAGCUUCAACUCCUUCUCCCGCAGCGUCGAAGGAGUGCUGUGGGUCUUGGAUUUCUAUGCGGUGGAGGCCACCGGCAACACCUCCGUUUCGCAACUGGCCUGGGGAGACUCCCACGUGCUGCUCUACGUGGCGCGCUUCGCUGCGGCCUCCAGCCGCUGGGCCUUCCCGGUGCAGUUCUUCAACUCGGGCAUGGCUGCGGACAUCGAGAAGGAACUGGUGGUGCUUCCCUUCGUCGAAUAUGAAUUCGAGCCUCCCGGCUAA